AAGAAACUAACAAUGCGUUCAAUAAGUUUAAUAUUAAUACUAGUUUUAGUAUUAAAUAUUAAAACAAUUGUUGUUUAUUCCCAAUCACUAGAAUCAGUAAUUCCUGGAAAUCACCACAAAUUUGAAAAUUUAGCUAUAACACCGAUGAAGUAUAUUAACGGCACGUUUUUGAAUCUGUUUGAAUGUGUCAGUCAUGAGGACAGUAGUCUAGACAUACAGGAGAUAAUGUUUACCGAAUCGUUGAACGUUGAGAUGACCUGUAAUGGUAUGAUUGUUGAACAAUACGAUGAUCUAGUGUUUGAUGCCCUACUGGGUAAUGGACAGACCAUAGCUAUUACAUUGAAACAAAAACAUAUUAUCAUUACUAUUAUUGACGGAGAUAUCUAUUAUCAUGAGGUGGGUGUCAUAACAUCGGGUCCCUGUGCCGGUACUCAACUCAAGGGUUGGGCUAUAUUUUUGCCCCAAACGCCGGGUCAGUGUGUGGACAAACCGAUGACCAGUUCGCGGCCAUUGUUCGAACGUUGGCAGCUUUCGGGCAAUUGUCAGACCAAAUGCAAUGGACAGUCGGCACUGGCCUAUCAACCGGGAAUCAGACCAUAA